AUGAAUAAAAAACUUAAACUUAAUCCUGAUCAAUUAAAAGUAAACAAAAUUGGGACUUCAAUACAAACUGUCCAAAAAGCCGAAGAUAUUAUUGACUCCGACAUACUCCACAACUACCUGUCUUACUCCACUCCGACGGCCGCGCACCUGAGCAACGACAACAAGACCAAAGCGGACCGCCGUUCCUGCCCCUCGCCCCGAUCGAACCGCAUGGCCUAUUGUUACGGCGACCCCACGUGGUCAGCGGCGGCGGCUCAGCUGAUCUUCGGCGCGAAGAGGGAGUAUUUGGGAAAUCAAAGAAUAGGUAAUGUCUUCAUUCCUGGCACACACAACUCCGGUUCAUAUAAAGGAAUCAUAGCAGUAUUUGAAGGUUACGUUCUGAACCAAGACAGAAAUAUAUGGACUCAGUUGGUGUUUGGUAUCAGAUACUUGGAUCUAAGGAUAGGCUAUACACCUGAAGAAGAAUUGUACAUUUAUCAUGAUCACGUUAGAGUUGCCAAAGUGGAACCGAUUUUGAGACAAAUAAAGAAAUUUGCUGAACUUGCUCCACGGGAAGUUAUUAUUGUGGAUAUUCACAGAUUUCCGUUUCCACGAAACUUUACCAGACAAAUGCAUCAAAAGUUCACAAGAAUGCUUGAUGAUAUCUUGGGAGUACAUGUCCUGUCGCCCCAUGGCUACCAAAGGGAGGGUGGACCAAGCUUCAACGAAAUAUGGGCACAGAAUAAAAGUAUUAUUAUAUCUUAUGCUGAUUCUUUGGUGUCUAAUAGUAAUCCAUGGCUUUGGCAACCCAUUAAACAAUUCUGGGGUAACACGAACAAAGUCUCAGAACUGAAAGACUAUCUCUGGAGAUCCAUUUCGGAAUACAAAGGCUUCAGAAAUCCGCUUUGGGCAUUAAUGGCCGAACUGACACCUGGAACAUGGGAUGUGAUACUCAGGAAGAACAAUCUUAGGGUUCUAGCUCAGAAUGUCAAUAAAGAAGUGACGAAAUGGUUCAGAGAUGAGUGGUUUAAUGAAGCGAAUAUCGUUACCAGCGAUUACUUUCUGGGAAAUGAUUUGAUACGUGUAGCUAUCGAAGGAAAUAAAGCUAAGAAUGUUAAUUACUAUUAA